AUGCCUAACCAGUACCGCCUUACCGUUCGCAACCAGACUGGUGGUCCCCAGGACUAUGCCUUCUUCUCGGCACCACCUCUUGUCUCGGGCGCCAUGUCGGGCGAGAUUUGGAGCAACGUCCUCAAAGCUUCUCCCAGUACCCCAAAUGGCAGCGUGGCGAUGCUCGACGUCUGGCCGACCUAUUAUGCCAUCUGUGGCCGGUAUGAGGGAAAGCCUGAGCAGCGUGUGCGUGUCUCCGUCAGCAAGUCUGUGCCCAUCAAUCUGGGAUCCAAGACGAGUGGCAAGGUCGUCAUGGGCAGCACCACCGCUUUGCAGGUCAUCAACCGCGAGGUUCCUGAUUUGGGUCCACCCACCGACCCCGGUGCUGGCAAGCUGGGAUCCUUCCAACUGCUGACCGGCAAAAACGAGUUUACUAUCAACGAGGCCAAGAACAAUAACAUCAUGGUUGGAAUUGCCAAUUCAAAGGACUCGGAUAUCUUCUCUGCCAUGGGCACUUUCACCCCGUACCCAAACUCAUCCUACCAGAUCCAGCCCCAGAUGGUUUACCAUGUGGCCACCGGCGAAAGAUUCUCGGUUGGUGAGUUGGUCAAGGUCGAGCGGAUCGGAGCCACCAUGGCGGUGGACUUUAACAUCCGUGGAAGCAACGAUAUUGUGCUGAUCCACAAUGAGAAUGGGGAAUUCGAAUUUGCUUGA